UUUCCCCUUCUCUAUAUUUCUUCCUAUUUUAGAUAUUAGACAUGGUAUCCAACCGUCUUUACAGCAAGGGCCGUGUUUUGGGCUAUGAACGUGCUAAGCGUAACCAAAACCCCAACGUCUCCCUCAUCCAAAUUGAAGGUGUCAAGACUACUAAGGAUGCUCAAUUCUACCUUGGUAAGCGUGUUGCCUACGUCUACCGUGCUCAACGUGAAGUCAAUGGUUCCAAGAUUCGUGUCAUUUGGGGACGUAUCGCUCGUGCUCAUGGUACUAACGGUGUUGUUAAGGCUCGUUUCCGUAAGAACUUGCCUCCUAAGGUCUUUGGUGCCUCCGUUCGUGUCAUGCUUUACCCUUCCAACAUCUAAAUAAUUUAAAGGAAGAUUACAUGAAAUUAUAAUUCAGUUUUUUGUUAAUUAUAAAUUCUCCUUUAAUUAAAUGAUGAAAUUUUUUUAUAAAAGAAAAAAAACGUUUUGUUUGUAUUUUA